AUGAAGACAAUUCUCUCGUCGGAGACCAUGGAUAUUCCGGACGGAGUGAAGAUCAAGGUGAAAGCCAAAAUUAUCAAAGUGGUAGGUCCUCGGGGUAAGUUGACCCACAAUUUCAAGCAUUUGAAUCUGGAUUUCCAAUUGCUUAUCGACGAGUCCACUGGAAAAAGGCAAUUGAAGGUCGAUGCCUGGUUUGGAUCCAGGAAGACCUCCGCAUCCAUCCGCAUAGCCCUCAGCCAAGUUGAUAACCUGAUCACUGGUGUUACUAAAGGUUACCGCUAUAAGAUGCGGUUUGUGUAUGCUCACUUUCCAAUCAAUGCUUCCAUCACUAAUGGCAACAAGUCCAUUGAGAUCCGUAACUUCCUUGGCGAGAAAAAGGUCCGAAUUGUUGAGGUGAAGGACGGUUCAACAGUAGAAGAAGCCAAAGAAGAAGAGGACGAGGCCAAGAUUGACGAAGAAUUGCAUUCUACAAGGAGGAAAGAAGACAAAGUUCAUUUUCCACCAGAGGUCGUGGAAGAGGAAAAGGAGAAAGCCAACUACGCUUGUCGGGAAAGUGAAGUAGAUCCUACACUACGGUUGGCUUACAAAGGUGAAGAGAGCAGAGAAAAUAAUACUUGGUAUUUAGAUACAGGAGCAAGCAACCAUAUGUAUGGAAAAAAAACAUGUUUUUGGAGCUUGAAUAACAUUUUAAGUUUGGAACAACUUUUAGAGAAGGGUUAUGAUAUUCAUUUCAAAGAUCAUAGUCUUUCAAUAAGAGAUCAAAGAGAAAAUUUGAUUGUCAAAGUCCCUAUGACAAGAAAUAGAAUGUUUGAGUUAAGCAUCCAAAAUGAUGUUACCAAAUACUUAAAAGCUUGCUUAAAGUUGUUGAGUAAGAAGAAGAAGAUGGUGAAAGGUUUGCCUCCAAUAAAUCAUGCGGAUCAAUUAUGUGAAGGAUGCUUACUUGGAAAGCAUUCAAGGAAACGUUUUCCAGAAGAAGCUUCUACAAGAGCUAAGAAGCCGCUAGAACUAGUACACUCUGAUGUUUGUGGGCCAAUUGAUCCAAGCUCUCUCGAUAAGAGCAAUUACUUUGUUCUUUUUAUUGAUGAUUUCUUGGGAUCGGAUAGAGGAGGAGAGUUCACCUCCAAAAAGUUUGAGAAAUAUUGUGAGGAGAAUGAAAUUCGUCGCCCAUUGACGGUUCCAUACUCUCCACAACAAAAUGGAGUAGCGGAAAGAAAGAACAGAUCCAUUCUUAACAUGGCCCGCUGUAUGCUCAAAAGUAAGAGAUUGCCCAAAGAACUUUGGACCACAGGAUUCCUAGAUUGGGUAUUGAAAAAAUUUCGCUCAUGGUGA